AUGAAGAGGGAGCGUCGGACGCUGUCAGUGCCUUCAAUACACUACCAGGACGAGGUUGGUAGCAGCGGUGUCAUUAUGGACUCUGGAGGGUUUCUGGGAACAGGAGCCGGAGGUGGUGGAAGAGGAGGUGGAGCAGGUGGAGGAGCAGGUGGUGUUGGAAAUGUUGGAGGUAACGGGAGCGCGGGGUGGCCUCCGCAACAGCAGCAGCAACAUCAAUUACCAUCAUCCAAUUCUUUGUCUUUAGGGCAACCGCAUCAGACGUUCAAUCGGUCUCGUUCCGCCUCCACAUCAUCUUUAUCAACACCAACGGGCGCAACCCCGUCUUCAACCAGUGGCAUCGCUAAAAAGAAGGUUGUCACUGCUUGCCAGAGAUGCCGGACCAGGAAGAUCCGCUGCGACGGAGCACUCCCGUCCUGCAAAAGCUGCGUUAAGGCUGGUGUUGAUUGCAUUGAGGUCGACCGAUCUGGUGAUAACAACGUACCAAGGAGUCAUGUCCUCGAAUUGGAAAACAGGAUCAAAUGGUUAGAAGAACUUUUACGCACCAAUUGCCCCGAUGUGGAUCUUUCUGCUGGGCCACCAGCGGAGCUUAGAUCUCGUCCGGCACCUCCAGCAAUUCGGAUUGUUACUACUGGGCCUGAUAUGCACCCUCCACCAUCGUCGAUAAGCUCGACCUCGUCUCCAGCGUUUGCUCUCUCCCCCGCCUCGACUUGUCCCACCCCAGCGUCCUUUGAGUUUUCGCCCUCAGGCAUGUCACCGGGCUACCUGGCUGCAUACAGUCCAUACACCUUCUCCGACUGCCCAUCUCCGGCCCCAAGCCCAGCCCCCUCGAGCCCACUACUGCCAAGUCCUAUGUUGCUACCGCAACAGGAUACGACCGCUCAGGAUGUUGCUCUCAUAUCACUAUCAGCUAUCGAGGAACCUAAAUACAUUGGCCCGUCAUCCGGAAUCUCAUUCACUCGCCUCGUCUUUCGUGAAGCACAGGAUGACCUCCGCCUCACUGAGUUUGAUACAGGGAACAGAGAUAUAAAGCCCAAUUUUGCGACUUCUGGAAGGCGCUGGCCAGGAACUAAUGUAGAGCCAAUACCUCUCCCUAGUUUGGACGAGUGUGGGACCUUAUCAGGUAACUACUUCGACACUGUCGCCCUACAAUACCCAUUCCUAUAUCGUCCACACUUCGAGUCUUGUCUCGAAGCCGUGCAUCAGGCAGCGAACAAUGCGCCUUAUCAGCUUCCACAAGGCUACACUCUCGCUGUCGCGCGGUUUCAUGUUUUUCUCGUGCUCUCCAUUGGUGCAAAUAUUCUUUCAAAUCGUACUGGCCAUCCUAUGGAUUCCGAACGAUAUUUUGCUAGCGCUAUGCAGUGUAUCGAUGACAUCACUCUCACAGGAAGUGUCCAGGCAACACAAAGUGCGCUGCUGUUGGCAAUGAGAUCUUUCCACGCUAGUUCUGGCGGGCUUAACCUCUGGUACUUGAACGCAAUCAUCAUGGCAACUUGUGUCGACCUAGGAUUGCAAAGAAAGAUCUUUUUGUUUCAAGAACAUGCUGCGAUAAAACGUCGAGUGUUCUGGUGUGCUUAUACACUCGACCGUAAUCUUGGCAUUUCUCUUGGCAGGCCAUUCUCGUUGAGGGACGAAGCGUUUGAUGUGGACUUUCCAAGUGAAAACGACAGUGAUGAGGAUUUACAUUAUCCUGCUUCAUUGUCUAUUGGUUCAAAUAUUCCCGCAGGUGCAGGGACUCCUCACUCUUCAUUUUUGGGAUCAAUUUAUCUAUUCCGGAUGACUAGAAUACUGAGCAGCAUCAAAUCUACACUAUAUCGCAUAACCCUACCUUCAAUGGGGAAAUGGCCCGCCGAUACACAAGAUUGGCAGAAUACUAUUCAUCGCCAGCUUAUGGACCUUCGUGAACAAGCACGACUUGGGUUGGGAGCAUCUCGAAGAGGAUCAGGAAGUAGCGGGAACCACCUUGGAAGUGGCCAAAUAGUAGAUCUCAAGUUUCACGAAGCCAUUCAAUUGCUUUUUAGGCCGUCACCCGCAUUCCCGCUCCCUUCCGUAUCAGCUCUUCAACAUUGUUUCACUGCAGCCGUAGAGACCAUUCGAAUAUACCACAAGCUUAAGAUCUAUGGAGGGCUGCAGUAUACCUGGUUGACGGCGCACUCAAUCUUUCUCAGUGGCUUCACAAUGUUGAAAGUGUACAGUCAGUGCAGGGAGGUUCAGGCGCAGACAGCACACGAAACUCUAUCUGAAGAUAUUAGGCAUUGCUCUAUGCUGCUCGACAGCUUGGCUCCCUCGUGGCCUAUAGCACAGAGGUCGAAGGCAAAGUUUGACGCACUUGCUCAGACUACGUUAUUACAAGCGUCGGCAUCCUCAUCUCGGAUGCUAUCGCCGCAUGAUGGCACUCGUCGUACUUCGUCGUCAUCCUCUCAUGGACGGAUGUUCCCAGAGUUCUCAGGUCACACGCUAGAGGUUCCAGGAAUGUCACAUCACCCAACUCCUCACCCGAGCCCACACCCAAGCCCACACCCGAGCCCACACCCAAGUCCACAACCUCAAAUGAGUAAUGCAGCGAGUAAUUGGUUUCCCAGUGAGCCUACCAGUAGCAAUGGGGGGGCUGCGCCCAUGGAUACAAACUGGAUGGAAACCCUCAAUUGGCCAACUGAGCCCCUGAUCUCCAGCGGUACAGGGUUUGAGGGACUGGACCCAAACGACGAGAGCUUGGGACUGCUAAGUGCAUUCUUACAUGUUCCAGCCCCCGGAGUCACAAACGGCGGAGAUACCUCCAUGUGGGGUAUGGAACAAGAACACGAGACGAGGCUGUAA